GAUCUCUGCAGAGAUAUAUAUCGCGAGGAUUAACAUAGGCAACAAGAGCCUUCUAUCCUUAUAAUCUGAGUCUGAAGAGGGAGAUUUGUCCUGUCAAGGUCACAUAACAAGACGAAAUCAAUGUUUCAUGUGGGGAAAAUUUUGUAUUCAUACAUUUCCCGGCCAUCAGUACGACUGUUGAGUUCUUUUCAGAGUACACAAAAUCCAGUCAAUUUAUAUCCAAAUUCUGAUGCAAAUGCUGUUUUCAAAAAGCCUGUUGAACCGAGUAUUAACCAGGAAUCAUUUAGUGGUUAUAUUCCUCUGAAUGAACUCCAAAUUUCUUACAUGUAUUCAGGUGGUCCAGGGGGUCAACAUGUAAAUAAAAAUAAAACUAAAGUGGAAGUACGCUUUCAUGUUCCUUCAGCAUCAUGGAUACCAGAGAAGGCUAAACAACUUCUAAUGGAAAGGGUAAUCCAUAUCUGCAUUUCCAUUGUGGAUUUUCUUUUUCUUUGCAGGAAGCUAAUCGUAUUAAUAAAGAUAAUUACUUUAUUAUUACAUCUGAUAAUACGCGUAAACAGAUAUUGAAUCAAGCGGAUUGUUUAGAACGUAUACGUCGGGUAGUUAGAGAAUGCGUGAAUGCUAUGAAUAAACCUGAACCGAGUCCUGAAGUCUUAGAAGAAAUUCAACGUCGAAAAGUGAAAGCCAAUGAAGAUAGACUACGUGAAAAGAAGGCGAAAUCGUAUACAAAACAGCUACGUCGAGAUACUGGUGCCGUGGAUUUAUUCUAAUCAUUUGAUCAAAAAGAAGAAAGACAGAGGAGAGGAAACAUCACACUUAUGAAUGUGUAAAUAUUUCAGAGAAUCAAUCAAUAAAUAGACAUAAUGUAUAGUAUAUGUAUUACAUAAUAUACUGACCAAACUAGCCUUC